AUGGGAAUUGCGGACAAUCCUAAGUACAGGCGCAUUAACGACGACAUCGCUGCCGGUCGUUUUUACGAUUCUCUGCAACAUGUGUUGAGCGCAUCGCAGAGGGCAGUGAUUGCCAAGCGCUACUCCGAGGCUCUUGAGGUACUCCAUCACUUUGCGGAGGUCUACAUACGAGCAGGCGAGUACGCCCAGUCCCUCGAGCUGAUGAAGGAGUACAUGAAAAUCGCAUCGAAGUCUGACAUAGAGUUCACUGAGGCUAACAUCGACCAAGUGAAAUCCUUUUUCUGCACCGUGAAGGAUUCCCUGAGCUGUGCGCAGGAGCCUUUAUCAGGGCCGCUCGCAAAGGAUGCCAUCUUGGAAAAGUCACUGGCUAUAGCCGACAGCGCACUGGAGCUGAACCCGCACCCUAAGCUGCAGCUGUGCAUUGGCCAGCACCACUGGGACGAAGGGCAAUUGAGUGAAGCGCAGGGGUACCUGAUUCAGGGUCAAGAUAUCGAGGUGCUUUCUAAGUUUUUGGAAUCCUGGGCGUCCAUUGUUCAGGAACACGAGCGCCCCUUUGUCUAUCUGCGUUGCAUUCUGAUACAGUUAGCAACGGGCGAUGACGCAACUGCUAAAUGUCUGUUGCUUAUGUUGAACCAGGAUUUCGAGUCCAGCGACACGCUCGCGUACAUCUUUACGGAGCUCUGUGAAAACCCCGACUACCUGUUGUACAAGGUGGCAUGCAAGGUAUACAGGCCGAUAAUCGAUGCCGACCCCAACUUCCCGCGCCUGGUGCAUCACCUGCGUGAGAGGCUCUUUCCAGGACACCACGACCCAACUGACCCUUUCCAGUACGACCCCAGCUCCUGGGACGUCCAACCCUCCCCCGCGACUGCUAUGGAGCCAUAUUCCUUGAAGCCUUGA